AUGACACCCACCAUGCCGCGGCUGUCACUCCCUGCCGUGCUGGCAGUCUUGGCGUGCGCGCCUUGGGCAAGCGCGGCGCGCAUCACCGUCGGCGGUGCCGCAACCGAGAACGUGCAUGGCACUGGGGGCCAGCAGCUUGCGGCCGGGCAGCAGCUUCGCAACCGCUUCGUGCUGAUCGAGCGCCUAGGCUCUGCCUCCAAGGCGGUGCAAGGGGAGCAGAAAGAGGCCCACGGUGAGGGUGGUGAACCCGUCCCUGGCAAGGACUUCCCGAACGUAGGUAGGUUGGCAACCUACGGCAACAGUUUGUUCCGGAGCGUGACCUUCCAAGGCCCAGAAGACCUCGGCAUGGGUAGCUUCGGGGACGCUUGGAAAGCCUACGACCACGAGCGCAAAGAGUAUACGUUGACACCAGACGCCGAGAGAGAAACGGAGCAGGCGGCGCAGGAGUGCCUCGACAUCCAGCGGAUCCUUGCACACGUGGUCGAGGGCAUUCUGGAGGCUGUAGACUUCCUCAGCCGGCAGAACCUGAUCCACCAUGACCUGAAGCCCGACAACGUUUGCGUGACCGGUGCCGGCGAGGCAAAGAUGUGA